AUGCACAGAUCAGCAGCGUACGUACCGGGAUUACGGUUGGGAUCGCGGCCAGGAGAGGUUCAUGACGCGGCACACGGCGACGGCAUUCUCCUAGCUGUGUUCACAAAGGUGCGCAGAUGCUUAAAGACUGCGAGGGAUGCGGGAAUGCAAAUAGGACUGCGGCGUUGGCCGGGCUGGGAGGCGCAGGCAUGUGAGAUGCGUUAUCAAAGGCAAAGGCGGGGCCUAGGAUUAGCGAGUGAUCCGGCCGAGUGGAAUAUCGUGGGGGCUCUGGCAUUGCGAAAUGGCGCAAAUGCAAGUGCCUGCCUCUGCGCGCCUAGCCAAACACCCUGCCGGCAGCGACGCCCUGGGAUUCGCAUUCGUGCCUGGCUAGACGGCGUGGUGCGUAUCAUGUGCGACCAGGCAAGCCGAGGGCUGGGGGAGCCGCCAGCUCUGCGAGAGUGCGCACUCGGUGAGGCGGUCUGGCGGUCAGGCGUCGAGGGCGAGAGCGCAGGACAAGACAGUCAAGACUAG